AUGAGAAGGGGGAUCCAGCCCGCCCUGGAGCAGUACCUGGUGACCGCCGGGGGUGGGGAGGGGGCGACUGUCGUCGCCGCCGCUGCUGCAGCCUCCAUGGACAAAAGGGCACUGCUAGCCAGCCCCGGCUUCCCCGCCGCCGCCGCCGCCGCUGCUGCCGCCGCCCCAGGCGCGUACAUCCAGAUCCUCACCACGAACACUUCCACCACCUCCUGUUCCUCCUCCCUCCAAAGCGGCGCCGUCGCCGCCGGCCCCAUCCUCCCCAGUGCCCCCGGCGCGGAGCAGACUGCCGGCAGCCUCCUCUACACCACGCCGCACGGACCCUCCGGCAGAGCCGGGCUGCUGCAGCAGCCACCAGCGCUGGGACGCGGCGGCAGCGGCGGUGGCGGCCCUCCGGCCAAGCGAAGGCUGGAGCUAGGAGAAAGCGGUCAUCAGUACCUCUCCGAUGGUUUAAAAACCCCUAAGGGCAAAGGGAGAGCUGCACUGCGAAGUCCAGACAGUCCCAAAACUCCAAAAUCUCCCUCAGAAAAAACACGGUAUGAUACAUCCCUUGGUCUACUCACCAAGAAGUUCAUUCAGCUGCUGAGCCAGUCACCUGAUGGGGUCUUGGAUUUGAACAAGGCAGCAGAGGUGCUGAAAGUGCAAAAGAGAAGGAUUUAUGAUAUCACCAAUGUGCUGGAAGGCAUCCAUCUCAUUAAGAAGAAGUCUAAAAACAACGUGCAAUGGAUGGGCUGCAGUCUGUCUGAGGAUGGGGGCAUGCUGGCCCAGUGUCAAGGCCUGUCAAAGGAAGUGACCGAGCUCAGUCAGGAAGAGAAGAAAUUAGAUGAACUGAUCCAAAGCUGCACCCUGGACCUCAAACUGUUAACCGAGGAUUCAGAGAAUCAAAGGUUAGCUUAUCUUACAUAUCAAGAUAUUCGAAAAAUUAGUGGCCUUAAAGACCAAACUGUUAUAGUUGUGAAAGCCCCUCCAGAAACAAGACUUGAAGUGCCUGACCCAAUAGAGAGCCUACAAAUACACUUGGCAAGUACCCAAGGACCCAUUGAGGUUUACUUAUGUCCAGAAGAGACUGAAACACAUAGUCCAGUGAAAACAAACAACCAAGACCACAAUGGGAAUAUCCCUAAGCCCACUUCCAAAGACUUGGCUUCAACCAACUCAGGACAUAGCGAUUGCUCAAUUUCUAUGGCAAACCUUUCUCCUUUGGCCUCCCCAGCCAACCUUUUACAGCAGACUGAGGACCAAAUUCCUACCAACCUAGAUGGACCAUUUGUGAACUUACUGCCUCCCCUGCUCCAAGAAGACUAUCUCCUAAGUCUCGGGGAGGAAGAAGGCAUCAGCGAUCUCUUUGAUGCUUACGAUUUGGAAAAGCUCCCGCUGGUGGAAGACUUUAUGUGUAGUUGAUUAUGCUUUGUGAGCUCUCCUUAUAAACCAAUAUUUUUUUAUUGUGGAACCAGAACAUCUGUCAUGCAGUGUUGUCCCUUCCUACCUUCUUCCUCCAAGAUAGUAUCAUGAAGUAAACUACAAACUUCAGAACAAAGCUGACAUUUUAAUGAUUUUUUUUUUUUUUAAAUAAAUUGUCUAAACGCACAGUUGCAGGCUCCCCUGGGAAAACCCUGCUUUUCCCCAGGCUCCAAAAUCUCCUGGCUGAGUCAGCAAGUGAGAAAAUGUGCAAUCAGGUGUCUCUCACCCGUACUUUUCCUCCCUCCCACCCUUCCUCCCUCCCGAUUGGCUUGCUGUGCCUGACGGAUGGGCUGUAGAAUGGGGCCUGGCCACCUGGCCCACUGGAAUACAGCAAACUUCCUUAAUAGCAUUUCAAGCCGUGCCUUCUCUGCAGAAUGCAUGUCUUUGGGGUCUGCUAAUAUGGAAUGGAACUGCAGGAACUCUAAACUUGAAGUCAUGCAGAAGUAUGAAAUGAAUUUCUUCAGUUCUUCUUAGGAAUAUUUAAAUUACUGUCAUAAUUCAGUGUAAGCUAUGGACUGUGUGUCCCACUAGAAGGUCAAGAGAACCUCCAGAGCCUUUCGGAUGAAGAACCUGUUUUCAAAUACUUGUUGCAGAUACAGAAGAAUAGUCAAGUUCUGCCACUCUAAGCUGUUGUGGAUUUUCCUGUCUCCAUUAACCACUCCCACUCCCCUGCCCCCAAUGUGU